UUGGAGGAGGAUUAUGUCGAGUACGCGGUUGAUUUCGUUGCCGCGCCGACCAGCGGCUCUCGGAAACGGCGACAAGGUGUGUACCAACACCAGCAGGGUGAAGAAGCAUAUCUAACAAGUCUCCUGGGGAUGAAAGGUAUGCUGGAUGAUAGCCAGGUUACUUUCCAAGCCGAACUCACCAGGAUCCAAAAAUUACUCAACUCAAGAAGUCCUUUAUUGCGAGCUACACGAAACUACAUGGCAGAGAUAGUAGGAAAAAGAAAAAGCAAAAUUUGCGGAGAAAUCAGUGCCAUCUUGGAGAGAAUUUCAUCAUUUCUGGAAGCCAUAAAAGAUGGCUCACUACUCCCGAUGACAAAGGGAUAUAAAGCUCUCCAGAAAAACUUUGACAAUCUUCUUCGAGACAUUUCGCAAAUCUCCGUUCUCCAUGACCUUGCCUCAAAGUGCUACUCGAAAGGACUCAUUACUCUGGCUGAAAGACGAGCAGCAUUUGCUACUGGAGGAGACCUUUUCACGCAAGCCCACGAUUUCCUUGACCUUAUAUGCUCCAGGGUCAAACGCGAUGGUAAGAAGUACGACACAUUCCUGAGCAUCCUCAGGAGUGAACCAGCCUACGAGAACCUGGUGGUGUUGGCUGGUGGAAUAUGA